AUGUUGUCUGCGGAAGAGGUUGCUGCGCUUAAGGCGCGUAAUUAUCGUACCAUUCGUCCGAUUAUUAUUUCCAACUAUGCUUUGGGAGUAAAUCUAAUGAGGCCAUCCCGCCUCGGCAAUGCACUAAAGCUAUUGAAUAUCAUUCUAAUGGUGAGCAGCCUGAUCUCGUUUUAUGGUCACUGGCAAUUAAUUAUUCUCUACAUACAUGAAAUACCACGCAUUGUGGAAACCGUUUCGACUAUGUUUCAGACAGCUAUGUCCAUUAUGAAAAUGGCCUAUUGUCUCUUUAUCCAACACAAGUUUUAUGAGCUACUCAAACGGGCCUGCACUCAUCAGUUACUCCAGGACUGCGAGAUCUUUCAUUCUGAUUUUCCGAUAAAUCAAGAACUGAAGGAAAAAGUGGAUGAAAUAAUGUCGGCCAGCUGGACGAGCAUACGACGUCAGUCUCUUUAUUAUGUCAGUGCCUGCAUUGCCAUAAUUUGUAAUUAUUUCGGCAACUCACUAGGCGUCAAUCUCUAUCAUUACUAUACCAGGCCUUACGGCAGCUUUGAGAUUAUACUUCCAUUUCCUGUUCGUUAUCCCAAAUGGCAAGACAAAUGCAUGGACUUUCCUUAUUAUCACAUAGAAAUGUACCUAAGUGGCUGUGCACUUUACAUCGCUGGCAUUGGUGCAUUCGGCUUCGAUGCUCUUUUCAUUGUGCUUUGUGCGCACGGCGUGGGCCAAAUAAAGGCUCUUUGCUAUAUGAUUGAGUGUUCAACCUCGCCCCUUGUGCCAUCAGAGCGUCGGGUGGAGUACAUAAGAUACUGUAUCUAUCAGUACCAACGCGUGUCUGCUUAUGCUGAGGAGAUAAAUAACUUCUUUCGUCAAAUGAUUCUUGUGCAAUUUCUGCUCAGUCUCUUCUGCUGGGGUCUGGUUCUAUUCCAAAUGAGUCUUGGCUUUGGAUCGAGCUUUAUAACCGUAAUACGUAUGAUCAUGUAUAUGGCUGCUGCUGGAUAUCAGAUUGUCAUCUACUGCUAUAAUGGGCAGGAAUUUAUGACAGCUAGCGAACAAAUUCCCAUGGCGUUCUAUAACUGUUGCUGGUAUAAGGAAAAUCGUGAAUUCAGACAACUCGUGAGAAUGAUGAUAAUGCGAACAAAUCGUAUGUUCAAUUUGGAUGUUUCAUGGUUCACAAAAAUGUCUUUGCCAACUCUAAUGGUGAUGAUGAAAACGAGUGGACAAUAUUUUCUCUUACUGCAAAAUGUGAGCGAGAAAUAA